AUGGACAGAGAAAGAAAAGCGUCGACCGAAGAGAGCCUGCGCUUCAUCAGGCAAUCACUGAAGUCGGAGGAAAUGGAUCACCUCGAAGGAAUCCAUUUCGACAGCCUUUAUCCUCACGUGUUCGUCACGCUUGGAGCUUCUGGUGACUUGGCGAAGAAGAAAAUCUAUCCGACGCUAUGGUGGUUGUUCAGGGACAAUCUUUUACCGAAGACGACAACGUUCUACGGUUACGCGCGCACGAGCAUGACGAUAAACCAGUUACGUGAAAAAUGUCACCCCUAUAUGAAUGUAAAGUCUGGCGAGGAGAAGAAGUACGAAGAGUUCUGGAAACUGAAUCACUACGUGUCCGGCAUGUACAAUACGGAGAAAGGAUUCGUCACAUUGAACAACGAGCUGAAGAAAUACGAGCAAGGCUACCCGAUGACGAAUAGAUUGUUCUACUUAGCUUUACCACCGAGCGUUUUCGAAGACGUAACUGUGCAUAUCAAAAACAAUUGCAUGGGUGAGAAAGGAUGGACCAGGGUCAUUAUAGAAAAGCCAUUUGGUCGCGAUGCUAUUACGUCGCAGCAUCUGUCCGAUCAUCUGGCAUCGUUAUUCAAGGAAGAGCAGAUUUAUCGCAUCGAUCAUUACCUAGGUAAGGAGAUGGUUCAGAACCUGAUGACCCUGCGAUUCGGUAAUCGCAUAUUCGGUCCAACUUGGAACAGGGACUAUGUGGCCUCCGUUCAAAUCACGUUUAAAGAACCGUUUGGCACGCAAGGAAGAGGUGGUUACUUCGAUGAAUUCGGCAUCAUUCGAGACGUGAUGCAGAAUCAUCUGUUGCAAAUCUUAUCGUUGGUCGCGAUGGAAAAACCCGCAUCCUGUCAUCCGGAUGACAUAAGAGACGAGAAGGUGAAGGUGCUUAAAUGCAUGAAACCUCUGGAGCUGGAGAACGUCGUAUUAGGUCAAUACGUCGGUAACCCCGAGUCGAAUGACCCUGAUGCACGACUGGGAUAUUUGGACGAUCCUACUGUGCCCACUGGUUCGAAUACCCCCACGUUUGCGCUUGCUGUCUUGAAAAUUAAUAACGAGCGAUGGGACGGCGUUCCGUUCAUUCUUAGGUGUGGAAAAGCGUUGAACGAACGAAAGGCAGAAGUUAGAAUACAAUAUCAAGACGUGCCAGGUGAUAUAUUCGACGGAAAAGCGAAGAGGAACGAAUUGGUAAUCAGAGUGCAGCCCGGCGAAGCGUUGUACAUUAAAAUGAUGACGAAAUCACCCGGUAUUACGUUCGACAUGGAGGAAACCGAGUUGGACCUUACAUACGGUUAUAGGUACAAGGAUCUGAAACUUCCUGACGCGUAUGAACGACUGAUCUUGGAUGUAUUUUGCGGUUCGCAAAUGCAUUUCGUACGCAGCGAUGAACUAAGCGAGGCCUGGAGAAUUUUCACGCCCUUGUUACAUCAAAUAGAGAAAGAAAAUAUUAAACCGCUUCCGUACAAAUACGGUUCCCGUGGACCCAAAGAAGCCGAUGAAAUGGCGAAGGAAAAUAAUUUUGCCUAUUACGGUUCGUACAAAUGGGUGAGACCAUAACUGAAUCUUUGCAACGUGUAACACUGAACGGUGUGCAUAUACAUAUAGUAUAGAAAUCAUAGAAGUCUAUUUUUACAAGAAAACUUAUCAUCUGUGAUCAUAGCAUUCCAUACUAUACAACGAUAUACGUACAGUCUUCAGAAAUUUUAUACAAUAUGUAUAUAUAAGUAAUUUAUACACUUAUCGCUAAUUUAUGUUAAGAAGUCGAAUUCAUAUAUUUUUUGAACGAUUUAAAAGUAUAAUAAGCUUUGUUGGUAAAGUAUGCGCAGAUAAUGUAAUAUAUCCUUGAUCGUAGUAUGCUUGUUGCAACACUAAAUGUGACUGUUUCAUUUGUAAAAUUCUACACAAAAUGUUUUAUAUAUACAUAUAUGUCUUUAUACAACAUCGUAGAUAACGCUGAAAAAAUUUUGCUAAAAAUUUAAAAGUAACAAAUUAUACAUAUGUAGAUAAUUUUAUUUACUUUCGAACAUUUAAACAUGACGCCAAUCACAUAAAGUAUCCUGCAUGGUAAACAAAAUAGCAUAAGUUAUGCGAUGUCUCGCAUACAAAAAUGUUUAAAUAUAUAUUGUAAUAAAUAAAUAAGAGACAGUUGGAUUA